UGGGUUAGCUCUGGUUGGCGCAGGAGAAGACUAAAUAAACAACUCGUCUUUGGCCGAAGCUUUAUUUUAGGAAUCUGAAACCAUGACUGCAAAAGAGAUUAUAAACAUUAAAGAAGCAGAGAUAAUGAAGCUGAUCCUGGACUUUCUGAACUCCAGAAAGCUCCACAUCAGUAUGCUGGCUCUGGAAAAAGAGAGCGGCAUCAUUAAUGGGCUUUAUUCGGAUGAUAUGCUCUUCCUGAGGCAACUUAUAUUAGAUGGGCAAUGGGAGGAAGUUUUGCAGUUUAUCCAGCCUUUGGAGUGCCUGGAAAAAUUUGACAGAAAGAAGUUUCGAUAUAUCAUCCUAAAACAGAAGUUUCUGGAAGCUCUGUGUGUAAACAAUGCCAUAGCUGCGGCAGAUGACCCUGAGAAUCUGGAGCUGACCCUGCAAGAUGCAGUGAAGUCCCUUCACUCCCUGGAAGAGUUCUGCCCAACCAAAGAAGACUACAGCAAACUCUGUCUGCUCCUCACGCUCCCGCGCCUCACCAACCACGCCGAAUUCAAGGACUGGAACCCCAGCACGGCCCGCGUGCAUUGCUUUGAGGAAGCCUGCUGCAUGGUGGCUGAAUUCAUCCCCGCGGACCGCAAACUGAGCGAAGCCGGAUUCAAAGCCAGCAGCGACCGUCUGUUCCAGCUCCUCAUCAAGGGAAUACUGUACGAAUGUUGCGUUGAGUUCUGCCAGAGCAAAGCCACUGGAGAAGAAAUCAGCGAGGAGGAGGUUCUCCUAGCCGUCGACGUCCUGUGCGGUAACGGUUGCGAGGAACUGGACUUGAGUUUGUUGUCUUGGCUGCAAAACCUCUCGCCAUCAGUCUUCGCUUGUGCGUUCGAGCAGAAGACCCUCAACAUCCACGUAGACCGGCUGGUCAAACCAGUGCGAAGGGGUCACGCGGAUCUUCUCACACCUCUGCUCACCAAACUCUCGCCCUGCCCAGCAUCGCCUCUGCAGCGGCCCCAGUCGGCAGAUACUUACAUGUCCCGCUCUCUCAAUCCCGCCCUGGACGGUCUGUCUCACGGCUUGGUGGGAAGAGAAAAGAAAAGCAUGGAAGGUGAUGGAAAAGCAACGGCCAUGUCGCAGUCUUUCGCCAACUUUGCGUAUCCUUCAGGAGGAAAUGGAAGCAAGAACCCACUGGAGAGCAGCGUCUUCAGUGAUUCGCCUGACAGAGCACAAGUGCAGGACGAGAGGAUAAACGGCUCAGGAGGAACGAACUCACUGCGUCCUCCACUGACUCCUGGCAGAGAUGGUGGAGCCACAGGUUCAGCUGACAAAUCAGAGGAGCAGCUUCAGGAGUUCCAGCGUCAGCGGUUGCGUGUGCAGCAGCAUCUCGAGCAGAAGCAGCAGCAGAGGCAGCUGUACCAUCAGAUGCUGCUGGAGGGUGGAGUUCAUCCACCAGAUCAGCCCACAGACACAGCGCAGCACAAUCUCACACAGAAGUUCCUGAACAGGUCCAUUCAGAAACUGGAGGAACUGAAUGUGGGAAUGGAAGACCUUGGAGAAGACGUCCAGGCUUUGGCGCAGCAGUGUAACGGUACGGCAGAGAGCGGAGCCGGUAAACAGACCUUAGAGACCGGCUCAGGGGGGGACAAGACAGCGGUGAUCAGCAGCACCCCUCAGAAGGGAGGAGGCCGAGGCGUCCCGUCUCUGGAUGAGUCCCCAGUGCUGGUCAACCAGAGUGUGUUUCAGGAUGAGAGACCCAAAUCCCCAUUCGUAGCUGUACAGACGCUGGAGGACACACAGGCUGUGCGCGCGGUCGCCUUCCAUCCGUCCGGGACCCUCUACGCAAUCGGGUCCAACUCCAAAACACUGCGUGUCUGCACUUACCCACGAUCCCUUGAAACUAGCGCUCAAGGUCCAGUAAAGCAGCCUGACAUCUGUUUCAAUCGCAUUAAGCACCAUAAAGGCUCUAUUUACUGUGUGGCCUGGAGUCCCUGCGGGCAGCUUCUGGCCACGGGCUCCAAUGACAAGUAUGUCAAAGUUCUUCCUUUCAAUGCGGACACCUGCAAUGCCACAGGUCCAGAUCUAGAGUUCAGCAUGCAUGACGGCACCAUCAGAGACCUGGCGUUUAUGGAGGGUCCUGAGAGCGGAGGGGCCAUCCUGAUCAGCGCUGGGGCUGGAGACUGUAACAUCUACACCACUGACUGCCAGAGAGGACAGGGACUGCACGCGCUCAGUGGACACACAGGACACAUCCUGUCUCUGUACACGUGGGGCGGGUGGAUGAUCGCCUCCGGCUCUCAGGAUAAGACGGUGAGGUUUUGGGACCUGCGUGUGCCCAGCUGUGUGAAGGUGGUUGGGACGGCCCUGCAUGGAACAGGAAGUGCUGUGGCCUCGGUGGCGGUGGAUCCCAGUGGGCGGCUCAUGGCCACCGGAUUGGAGGACUGUCGCUGCAUGCUUUAUGAUGUCAGAGGAGGACGAACGGUCCAGACGUAUCGGCCGCACACCAGCGACGUGCGCUCUGUGCGCUUCUCUCCUGGUGCUCACUAUCUGCUCACCGGCUCCUACGACAACAGAGUCAUGAUCACUGACCUGCAAGGUGAUCUCACCAAAACCCUGCCGGUCACUGUGGUGGCUGAACACGCUGAUAAAGUGAUCCAGUGCCGGUGGCACACCAGAGACCUGUCCUUCCUGUCCUCCUCAGCAGAUAAGACGGUCACACUGUGGGCGUAUCAGCCUUAACCCGCAGCAGAAGCCAUAUGGAAGAGCACAGAAAAACAAGCUGCACUCAGACUGAGAAGAACAGAUCAGAGUGUGUCCGUGUGUGUCUGUUCGUAUUUCUGUGUAACUUCACUCCAGUACACUCACAUGAGAAAACACAACCGACUGUUCAUCCUCCUCACGUCUACAUCUGGAAUUGCAUGCCUCUACUGAAAGAAACAGCUUUAUUGUCAAAUGUGUUGCAAUUCAGAAAAAACCAACAAACUAAUGACGUUACAAACACGAAUAAUGCCACACGUAGCAGUGCUUCAGUAUUUUGCUAUUUCAGUUGAAUGAAACGUUCCUGAAAAUGUGAGCUGAAUUGUGCCUUGAGGUGAUGUUCUCUGUAGUCACACUUAUUAAAACUGAAUGUCUUGUACAUAGAGCUUUUGUAUAGGUUUACAUGCUAACUCAAGGCAUUAGAUCAUUGUGUAGCACACUGCACUGUGCACUUCUCUCAUUCAGCAAGUGUUUGUGCAUCUGUCUUCAUUCAAAUAACUGUAAAUAAACCAACACUCUAAAUACUGAGGAUAAAUGCUUUGUGAAAGUCGUCCUCCUCAGUGUUCUGGAAACAGUUUCAUGCAUUUUUAGGAAUGCUUUUGUGUUGCAUUGUCAUUUUCCUAAUGCAUAUAUUUGUAUGCAUAAUAUGCAUCACUUUUGCACAUGAUUUCAGCACCUUUUUGUAUUGAUGCAGAGGACAGUUAGGGGACUCUCUCAAUCACCAGAUGUACAAAGUAUGUACUAGUAAUUUAUUUGAACAUGGAAAUAAACACAGUUUUGAAACUAUGA